CUCAUAUUAAUAACGUGAGAAAUGGCCGGAACUCUUAUAUUUGAUGAAUAUGGUAGACCCAUGUUUUUGUUUAGUAAUCAACAAAAAGAAAAAAGAUUGACUGGAAUUGAAGCUCAUAAAUCGCAUAUCUUAGCUGGGAAAACAUUAGCCAAUACAUUGAAAACUUCUCUGGGUCCUAAAGGAUUAGACAAAAUGCUUGUUUCUUCAGAUGGAGAGGUCACUAUAACGAAUGACGGAGCAACUAUUUUGAAGAAUAUGGAUGUUGAAAAUCAAAUUGCAAAAUUAAUUGUUCAAUUAUCACAGUCACAAGAUGAUGAAAUUGGAGAUGGAACAACAAGUGUUGUCGUUCUGGCUGGAGCAUUAUUAGAAAAUGCUGAGGCUCUUCUUGAUUGUGGAAUUCACCCAAUAAGAAUAGCAGAUGGUUAUGAACUAGCAGCCAAAAUAGCCGUUGAUUAUUUAGAUCAAAUAUCAGAAAGAUUUCCAGUUAGUAAAGAUAAUUUAGAACCUCUUAUCCAAGUUGCUAUGACUACCUUGAGCUCUAAAAUAGUAAAUCGUUGCCAUAGACAAAUGGCAGAAAUUGCAGUGAAAGCAAUAUUAUCUAUAGCAGACUUAGAGAGAAAAGAUGUUGAUUUUGAAUUGAUAAAAAUUGAAGGUAAAGUUGGAGGUAAAUUAGAAGAUACUCAACUAAUAAAAGGUGUGGUAGUUGAUAAAGGCUUUUCUCAUCCACAAAUGCCUAAGAGUGUGAAAAAUGCUAAAAUUGCAAUUCUAACGUGCCCAUUUGAACCUCCAAAGCCCAAAACUAAACACAAGUUGGAUAUUAGUUCUGUAGAAGAUUACAAAAACUUGAGAGAUUAUGAAUGGCAAAAAUUUGAAGAGAUGAUUCAAAAAGUCAAGAUAACUGGGGCAAAUAUAGCCUUGUGCCAAUGGGGUUUUGAUGAUGAAGCAAAUCAUCUGUUACUUAAAAAUAAUUUGCCUGCUGUGCGUUGGGUUGGUGGCCCUGAAAUUGAAUUGAUAGCAAUAGCCACAGGGGGAAGAAUAGUGCCCCGUUUUUCCGAAUUGACCACCGAAAAGUUGGGCCAUGCUGACAUUGUGCGAGAAUUAAAUUUUGGAACUGUCAAUGAUAGCAUGCUAGUUGUAGAAGGCUGCAAAAAUUCUAGGGCCGUGACUAUUUUGAUUCGUGGUGGAAAUAAGAUGAUUGUAGAAGAAGCAAAGAGGAGUUUACAUGAUGCAUUGUGUGUCAUACGCAACUUGAUCAAAGAUGACAGGGUCGUUUAUGGGGGUGGUUCAAGCGAAAUUGCCUGCAGUCUCUGUGUGCGAAAACAUGCUGAUAAAGUGUCUACUAUUGAACAAUACGCCAUGAAAUCGUUUGCGGAUGCUCUGGAAAGUAUUCCCGAUGCGUUAGCAGAAAAUUCUGGAUUAUCUGCUUUACAGACUGUGGAAGAAAUCAAGGCUCUUCAGGUGCGUCACUCGAAUACUACCUUAGGAAUUGACUGCUCUGGCAACCAAAAUUAUGAUAUGAAAACAUGUAACGUCAUCGAAACCUUGAUUGGCAAACGGCAGCAGAUUUUGUUGGCUACUCAAAUGGUCAAAAUGAUCCUUAAAAUUGACGAUAUUCGCACGAAUGAUGCAAGAAUGUAGAAACUAGACAUUUAUUCAUAUUUUUCCAUUUAAAAGCUUUUAUUUGUAUAUUUGUACUCUUUUUACUGCC